GCAGCAGAGGAACUUCAGCGGACUGCUUGUGGUUUUUUUUUUUUUUUACAAACAGAGCAGCUAUCUUCCACCUCCCUUGUGUGUUUCACUAAGUGCCCUCUAUGCUUGGUUCUCUUCUUGGACUUACUUUGUGAACAAUCAGUUUUUUUUUUACGACCGGGUAUGAAGUAAUAGAUAACGUCGUCCACGGAGCUCCGUGAACUGGGCUCCUUUCUAUCCCUGCCCUUCCGUCCGACUACCCCUGUCGCCUCCUCCUGCUGGAGCUGGAGAGAUGCCCGGGUCAGGAUGUGCUCCAGCCGCAAGAUCCUGUGGAGCCUGCUUCUGUUGUCCGUGGUGGAGGUUGGCCUGGGUGUGGCGAGUAUCGUCCUGGGAGCCGUGGGCAUCAGCUGGGUCCGGGGCCAGUACAAGCCGCAGCAAGGGGACGCGUCCCCGGUGUGGAGCGGACUAUGUUUCCUUGUCUGUGGGGUGUGUGGAGUGCUAUGUGCUCGAAAAAGGACAGGUCUUAUUAUGAUCCUGUUUUCAGCGUGUUGUAUCUGCGGUCUGAUCGCUGGGAUCCUCAACUUCCAGUUUGUUCGAGCGCUGAACAAACGGCCAGACUCCAUGCACUCCAUUCAUCUGGCAGCCAUGACGCUGGCCUGUCUGGGGAUCUCCUCCUGUACAUUAUCUACGUGGCUGACUUGUCGCCUGGCCAGCUCAGAGCAGCAGAGGAUGUUCCUGGAGAGGGAACAUUCCCUCCACCACUCGCACGAGAUGACCGAGAAGGAGAUCCUGGACAACUCAAGUAACGGCAUUCCUCAGCUCUCUUAUAACGGACACACCACAGCAUCCCCAUGAUGAGUGUUUGCUUCUUCCUACAUGUCCUGCAGCAUACGCAGUAACUAUAUCCUGACUGUAAGGAGGGAGGGCAGUAAAACCAGGUUUCCCUUCUCUCCCCCACCAGAGUCUUAGAGGGGACAUUUUGUCAACAAGGAGACACCCUGGAUAAUUAUGCAACCACAAGUUCAAACCAGGAAGCGGAUCAGAUGUCGUUUGGGUGAUAAUUCAGGUGAUGGACAUCUGCAGGACAUCAUCUGACCUUGAAACCAAUGAGCAGAAAGGAUAGACUCUGUCCAAUCAGAAGCCUGGAAAUGAUGAGCACAAACCAAGCAUGCAGCUGAUUCAUUUGUUAUGGAGAGCUAUUUCAGUCUUAGUGUCCUUAUUCUCUCUGUUUGUUAUGGAAUGCAGAUCUUGAAAUGGUCUAUCUGUAUGUAUCAUCUGUUAAUGGAAUGCUUUGACAUGAAAAUACA